GUUUCGAAGGUCAUUUUUGCCGUGAGACUACAGUCAAGUGACGCUUAAGGAUCUCUGCUUCUACUACUCCCAGCAGUUGUUCAAUGGUAAAGGAAAACUUAAAUGUCAUGGAGAAAUAGAAAUUUUGAUAUUCGUAUACAUAUGUGUACAUGCCCAGUCAGAUUAUUAUGGUGAAUUUCUGAGGAGGAACACUGUAAAAUGACUGUUGUCUUUCGAUGUCGUCUAUUUUCAACAGCCGUCUCAGCUGCAUAGCGGUACACAAAAGACUGAGGAGCAACACUCGUCCUUUAACAGACAUUCGGAUAACUUGCCAGCCAACGCCACAGAUGAUGCGCGUUGGCAAAUGUCAAACGCAUUUUAUCUGGCCAAAAUGAGAUUUCGUUGGCAACCAACUCAUCAGAGUUGAUUUAACUAUUGAAUGUAAAUUGCAUAUAAACUACUGCAAAAGUAAAUCCAGUUUCUCAGUUAAUUGAACGUAUAUAUACUGUCACUGGAUAUAUGCAAACUGUUUUGAUCUAUCAGAUAUGCAGACUGAUGAAUAUAAUGGAAAAACUGUACUUGUUUUAAACCAUACACAUAUGGUUAGCUGUUCUUCUGGAGAUGAAAUACACUUGGAUUCAGGAGUUAAGUUUGUUUCGAAAAAGGCGACAUUUCGUAAAUCAAUAUGGAGUAAUCUUGUUGAAGCUGUCAUACAAUACUGUCGUGUUGUAUUCGACAUUUUUUCUACAGAAAAACCUAUAUCUAUUGUAACUUUUGAUGAUGAAGAAAAGAUCCAUUCAAUAUGGCUAAAUGAAGAUCAGAAUUUAGAAACAAUUUGGAAUAUAUUUUCACAGGAGGGUCCUCCAAAGAACACUUCAGUUAACCUUGAUCGUAAAUCACUUCCCGGUUUGUCUUCAGCCUGCCAUCUAUUACAGAUGUUGACACCAUAUCAGAAAGAAAGUAACUCUGUUGAUAAUAAGGGUAGAGUGGUUGUUCUAAGCAUGUGUAUGAGCGACCGGAUAAGAUCUUGGAUUCCAGACAUUCUACUAAAUUUAGAAAAGCCUAUUGAUUUACCGGAAUAUAUGGCUGUUACUUCAAGUGAAUGGAUAUUUAUUGACCUGUUUCCAGCUUCAGAAUCUUUAAACGAAGUAAAUGAACUUCAUCCAAAACAAGUUGAGUUGCCGGAUAAUAUAAAUACAAAUGUUUAUCAUCGGUUUUUCUAUCAUAAACUUCAAGCUACUAGUCAAGAAUUGUAUCAAGGUCUAAUGCGUCUCGCAGAAUCUCAUUACAAUCUAUCGAGUACACUUGUUCAAGAUAUUCCAAUGAAAGAAGAGGCAAAUGUUAAUUCUGGUAGUUCAAUGUAUGGUGUUGAACUUUUACAUCGAGCUGAGGUUCAUGAUUUAUUAAAACGUGCAGGCAUAUUUGAGAAGUUGCUAAUACGUACAGAGAGUGAGAGUAAUAAAUCUUUGUCACGACCAAAUUCCGGAUUUUCAAAAACGUUAGGUAUCAAAUGGGUUACACCUAAGACAUCGGAUGCAAAUUAUCUACGUUUCACUGUUGCAACGUAUCGGGUUACUCUCGCUGAUGUUUGCCACAGAGCCUCUACGUGUUUAGCUCAGUUUGUUUUGGGCGGUCGCUCCGUUGCAUUAGCUCAUCGUGUUGAAUGUCCCUUUCCAGCGUUACCUAAACGUGCAGAUUUCCUUGCAUCUUGUUCAACAGAUGAAGCUCUUCUUUUAACUUGUCAUGGAUCGGUGAUGUAUUUACAUGUGUUAGCGACCAUUUUCCCAAUGACUCAUCCCCAGAAUAUUCCUUUGACGCCUGAUUCAAGUAUGAUGUCGAUGGAUUAUCGUACACAAGCCUUUAUUGAUCACGUUUUACGUCCUUCUCGUCUAGCUCCAGCGUCAGCUAGAUUAAAUUAUUCUGUACUUCCUAAAGAAAGAGCUCAACAGCAUAUUGAACGCCAGACAAGGUAUUGGCCACUUAUGGAAUCACAGACGUUGUUAGGGAAAAAUAAGCUAGCCAAUCCUAUUUUCGAACAUUUGCCUAAAGAAUAUUUGGAACUAAGUGAAGUAUCCGCCUGUGAGGAAGCAAUAGUAAAUAUUGUAAACUCAAUAAAACAGCAUGUCUGUCUGUCCGAUUCAGGAAAAACAACGUUAAAACGAGGUUCUUCUGGAUCUUCCUUGCCUGUUGCACCUGCAUUACAAGCUGAAGCAAUAGCAAUGGCUACAGAAUUCGACUAUAUUCUUUCUUUAUACAGUGAUAUAUCAGCUGAACAUGAACAAAUUCGUAAUUUUUGGUUACAGACUCUAAAUUCUUCAAAAAGUAUUGCAUCAAAUGAACUAAUUCGUUCCAAUGGAGGUGAAUUGACUUCAUUGAAUCUUUCAGAAAUGAUUCGUUUAGCAAAAACUGUUGCUUGUGAUCAAACAGAUAUGAUUGACUCAACAAUUCUGCCUACUCUGACUACAACCAUGAAAAGUUUGACAAUGUUAUGUGAUCGUCUUCGUGUAUGCACAGAUGUUCAUGAUUCUAAGGAUACCAAUCAAAUGCAUCAAAAAACUUCUUCCAGUAACCAAUCUUCUAAAGUCAUGGUGAUGAUUGAACCUGCUAAUCGGUCAACGUUUAUCGAAUACUUGAAGUCUUCAAAGCGUCAACGCACACAAAUGGAUAAAUUAGAUUUUGUCGGUAUACUGACUGCAGAUUCAAAGGGUGUAUGCCAGUUGUACAAAAAUUUAAAGGAGAAAGAGAAAUCUACUGCCUAAUUUUGACUUUUUCUUUCUUAUCCUCUAUGUUUUUAUGUUUGCUAAACCAAGCAGCACCACACUAUUUGACAGACUACUUACCUAUAAAAGAAUUUGAUAAAGUUGGAUUACAGUUGAAAUAAAUCUAAGUUUUAUUAUUGU